GUCAGAUCGAUGAUCUCGGCGCAUAUCAACCAAUCGGGGGAUGCUGCAUCUCACAGAGCACGCCCCCCGCCGUUGUCCAUGCCCGGCACCCGAACGUCCACAGGUUGGGAAACAGACUCGCACAUCAUGCUCGAGAGCAGUAUCCCCUAUUCUGCGACGGGGGACGAUGAUCCAUGGGCGUUGGAGGUCGAGCAGCUGCAGGAACUGGCGAGGAGCGUCAGGGGGAACUUGAGGUUGAGGCCUAUUAGGAGUUUUGUCGAUCUGAAGGAAGGGGCGAGUGCGGUUAGUGAAGGAGGAGGAGAGGGAGAAGGCGGUGUGCGUGUUACAUCUGUCGUGCCGCCCUCUGCGCCAGCGGUCUUGGCCGGACAGAACGUAUCGCCCCCAGGAGAAGAUGCACUGCCUGUACCGACUCCUCUCGCCGUCACUGCUCCUUUGGACGACCCUCCAAGUCCGGAGAGCGCCUACCCGCCAACACCUGCCAACACUCACCCUGCUCCUAUUGGUAUUCUACCUCCUGUCCCUGCUCUACCCGUCCUGGGUGACGUACGACCGGUCGGAGUCAUGGAGGGAGGAGGUAUACAAAGUGUACGAGAUGUUGCGGCGCAAGGGGAUGUUCGGCCAAUGUUCACGUUACAGCCCCUCGCGACAUCAUCAACUUCCCCGCCUCAACCACAGCUACAACACGUAUCACCCCCCAUCAUCCCUCAUCCUGCCACUCGACGACCACCAUCCCUCCCCACCCACCCACAAGCCCAGUCCCCAUUCGCACUCGCACUCGCUACUGCCAUCCCUACCGGGACAGUGACGCCAACAGCGAAGCUUACCUCUCCGCUACGUACAGGUCCACCACCAUCGGCGUUCAAGCUUCACCUCUCACCCGCUACCUCCGAGUCUGACGCCAGCUCCCUCCCGUCCAUCCUUUCCGCUUCGACAGCCGCGAGCGAAGAGACCGUUAUGAGACCUGUGCCAGAGCCGCCGUGUACAGCGCCCCUUAGCCGCCCACCUAGGCGCCCUGCCCCAGUGCAAGCAGGACAUCCCCAUCCUCAUCCCUCCCACCCGCAAACCGCACAUGCACAUAUUGCGCACGCCGCGCACACCGUGCACACCGCCCGAACACCACACGUCCACAGUGCGCCCUUACGCACCUCAUUCUCCACCGCGAGUCCACCCCCCGACCCCAGUGGCCCGCAGCCGCUCUCCGCCUCCUCCCUCCUCUCCCUCCUCCCAACGCCUUUCCCUUCGCUCAACUCCCCCUUUCCCCAACCGCUCAUAAUCGACACUCGUCCCUUGCCGUCCUUCCUCUCCCUCCGCCUGAGGCAAAGUAUCAACCUCGCCAUCCCCUCUCUCAUCCUCAAGCGGUACGCAAAACAGGGUCAAGGGAUGGAAUGGGACCUUCUCAGAGGGUACGUGACUACCGAGAGCGGGCGCGAAUCCUGGGACGCCCUGCUCGGUUCUGCCCUAGGUAGGACGCGUAGCCAGAGAUGGAACGGCGAUAUCCUCAUCUACGAUGAGGAGAUGGACGAGUCUACGCGGGCUUCUGUGCGCGCACUCUCCCAGGCCUGGACGCUCGCUACCGUGCUAGUACCGCUUGUCGGAGCAGAGCAUGUCUACUACCUCGUUGGCGGGUUCUCGGCCCUCAGGACGGUGCAGGACGCUCUCCCCCACCUCGUAGCAGGGGAAAACUACCUCGACCCUACACCUCAGCAACAGCAGUACGCCUCGCCCAUGCUCAGCGGGCAGGAGCUCACCGUCGGCGGGUCUCCGAGGAUGCAGCUGACACCCAAUACAGGCAGGAGCAGUAUCGGCCCGGGUACGGCAGGGACCAACGGGACGAACGGAAGUGCGGGUCUGUUCAGUCUCAGGACGGAUGUGGCCAGCGCGAGGAGGAGGGUGAUGCUCGAGGUUGACCCGCAGAGUCCUGUCCCAACAGGCUCGUCGUCCUCUGCUUCUGCAUCCUCUGGUUCUGCAUCAGCCUCCACCUCGGGCUCAGCAUCACAUAGCUCCCUCUCGCAAGGCAGAGUCCUCCAUUCCCCUGCACCUAUCCCGGCUGUGGGCACCCUCCGACCCCUGGGGCUAGCGCUCGUCGACGCUCCUUCUCCCCCGCCUAGCGCGGCGUGCUUCCCUCAACCUCCUAGGCGGCUAGGCAACUCUGCCCCAGGGGACAUGCCCAUGCUCGGCUUAGCGCUGAACCAGCCUCUACGCAGUCCUUUACCGCCCAAGCUCCAGCUCCGCACUGCGCCAAUAAGGAGCAACACUGUCCCCGUCCCGCCCUCCCCUGGCCUGCUGAGGAUCACCCCUCCCUCGCCUAACGCACCUGGCCUGCAGCCCCCCAAGAGCCCACUACGUUCCCCUUUACCUCUUCCUCUCUCCCCUAUCUCCCGCGGCCCGGCUAGCCCGCUCCCCCCGCCUUCGCCCCACCUCCGCCCACAUACGGCACCGUUCGACUACCCCCCUCGGACGCACUCAGACUACCCGCACGCGAAUGCCCAGCUACCCCAGACACCGACAUCCAGUUCCGCCCCUCAGCCUUUCACUGUCUCCGAGAUUCUGCCUGGAUUCCUCUACCUCGGGCCUGAGCCGAGCACGGAUGAGGAAGUCGAGCAGCUGCUUGAUCUGGGUAUCAAGCGCAUCCUCAACAUGGCUGAGGAAUGCGAUGAUGAUCAGGGCUUGGGGCUCCGGCGGAAAUUCGAGAUGUACGAGAGGGUGCCUAUGCGGGAUACGGUGGAUGAGGAGAACAUCGGACGGGGUGUCCGCGCGGCGUGUUUGUUCUUGGACGACGCGCGCCUGCAUGAUUCGCCCACGUAUGUGCACUGUAAAGCCGGCAAGAGCAGGAGCGUGACUGUCGUCAUGGGCUACCUUAUCCACGCGCAUUCCUGGCCGCUGAGCAAGGCGUACGCGUAUGUGAUGGAGAAGCGUCAGGGGAUCUCGCCGAACAUCGGGUUCGUGAGCGAGCUGAUGAAGUUUGAGGAAUCCCAGUUAGGGACGAAGAGCGUUGGCGUAGGGGAAGAAGGGGGGAAUCAUGCGAGGAGCGCCAAGCCUGUUGGGCUGGGACUAAGGAGGAUAGGAAGAGGCGCAGGGGCGAGGGAGAGCUUGCCCCCUCUGUCGAGAGGUGCGAGUGUGGAGGACGUGUUGGCGCUCACGGGGACGAGGGACGAGGCUGAUCUGCCGAAGGAGGAGCAGAGGACGCCUGUUAGUACCAGGCUUGGGGAUGCGGCUACGGAGAAAGAGGUCAAGGAUGCUGAUGGGCGGUAUGUGCAUGCCAGGAAGGUACCGGUUGAUAGGAGGACACUGCAGCCACAGCGGCGCGUUAGCAAGGCAGGCCUCGAGAGUGCUUGGCUUAAUUAUGUGCGGCCUACUGCUUAGCGAGUGCCCCAGUUGGAGCGCUAGCCCUACACCAGGAAGGUCGCAUUUCCGAUAUCCAAGCUUGAGACCGGGACGGACUCGUAUGAUGCUGAGGACGGCGGAGGACAUUUUCAAGCAUUUGUAUUGAUAUAAAGCAUGAUACCCAUUGAUA